AAAAAAAGGAAAAAAGGGGGGAGAGGAAAGGAAAAAAAAAAAAAAAAAGAAAAAAUAAGGAAGAAAAAAAAAAAAAAAAGGAAAAGAGGGACGGGGGAUGCAAGCAGGGCUGGCAGCGGCGGCGCGGUAAUUUCCUCCCCCCCUACCCCCCUCCUCCAAAAGGCAAAAAAAAAAAAAAAAAGAGCAGCAAAAAAGCCAGCCAAAAAAAAAAAAAAAAAGAAAAAAAAAAAAAAAAAAGCAACCAACCCAGCAAACCACCCAACCCAACAUUUCUUUUUUUUUCAUGGAGAGCAAAAACCCCAGGCAAGCGGAGGAGGACCGGGACUCCUUUGCGCGGAGACCUUUGCAUCAAAAUGCUGAUAGUCGAAAAAACGACUGACUACCCUUCGGCUGAGUACUCCCUGGUGGAGGAUGUAGCCCUCCACUUCACGUGUUUGAUGGACAGACUGAACGAGCAGCGCCUCUUUCAGCCGGACCUGUGCGACGUGGACAUCGUGCUGGUGCAGCACAAGAGCAUCUUCCCGGCGCACAAGGGGGUCCUGGCAGCCUACAGCCAGUUCUUCCACUCCCUCUUCACCCAAAACAAGCAGCUGCAGCGCGUGGAGCUCUCUCUGGAGGCCCUCACCUCGCAGGGCCUCCAGCAGAUCCUCAACUUCAUCUACACCUCCAAGCUCCUCGUCAACUCCUGCAAUGUGCAGGACGUGCUGAACGCGGCUGCCGUGCUGCAGAUGAACAACAUCGCCUCCUCCUGCCAGGACCUCCUCGACACCCGCUCGCUCAGCCUGGCCGCCGACAUGGCCCUGCCCGCCGAGGGCUGCGCCGGACCCCCACCCUACUACUGCGAGAUCAAGCAGGAGGUGGAUGCCCCCCAUCCCAAGAUCUACGCCCGGGAGGGCAACGACCCUUACUCGGUGCGGGUGGAGGAUGGGGCGGGCGGUGGGACGCUCCCCCCUGGCCCAGCCAAGCAGUACUACAAGGAGGAGAAGGAUGGCGGUCCGGGCCCUGUCUGCAAAAUGGAGGGCGAGGAGUCAGAGGAGGAUCUGGACAGCCAGGGCUCGUACAACCGGGAGCAGAUCAUCGUGGAGGUGAACCUCAACAACCAGACCCUCAACGUCUCCAAGGGCCUGGAGGGGAAGGCAGCUGCCAGCGAGGCGGCUGUGAUGGGGCGGCCUGACGGGGAUGGGCGCGACACGGAGGAGGAUGGGGAGGAGGAGAAUGAGGAAGGAGAGGAGGAGGAGGACGAAGAGGAGGAUGCAGAGGUGGGCGAGGAGGAGGAGGAGGAGCACAGCGAGGAGGAAGACCUGGAGGAGACGACGGAAGAAGAGGAUGAUGAUGAUGACGAUGAAGAUGCGUCGGAGGUGAAAAGGGAAAAGGGUGGGCAGCCCCGCAGAGGCAGCCGGGCAUCCAAAGCCACCAAACCUGCCAUGGCAACCAGGUCCCAGGAGAUGGCCAAGGUGGAAGAGGAGGAGGAGGAAGAAGAGGAAGGCCAGCGAGGGAGGAAGAGGAAAAAAGAACAGGACGGUUUGGGCCAGAAGGUGAAGCUGGAGGAGAAGCAGCACUACCCGUGCAAGAAGUGCCCCCGAGUCUUCAACAACCGCUGGUACCUGGAGAAGCACAUGAACGUCACGCACAGCCGCAUGCAGAUCUGCGACAAGUGCGGCAAACGGUUCCUGCUGGAGAGCGAGCUGCUGCUGCACCACCAGACCGACUGCGAGAAGAACAUCCAGUGCGUGACAUGCGGGAAGGGGUUCAAGAAGCUCUGGUCUCUCCACGAGCACAACAAGAUCGUCCACGGCUACGCCGAGAAGAAGUUCUCCUGCGAGAUCUGCGAGAAGAAGUUCUACACCAUGGCCCACGUGCGCAAACACAUGGUUGCUCACACCAAGGACAUGCCGUUCACCUGCGAGACCUGCGGGAAGUCCUUCAAGCGCAGCAUGUCCCUCAAGGUCCAUUCGCUUCAGCACUCUGGGGAAAAGCCUUUUAAAUGUGAGAACUGCAACGAGCGCUUCCAGUACAAGUACCAGCUGCGCUCCCACAUGAGCAUCCACAUCGGCCACAAGCAGUUCAUGUGCCAGUGGUGCGGCAAGGACUUCAACAUGAAGCAGUACUUCGACGAGCACAUGAAGACGCACACGGGUGAGAAGCCCUACAUCUGCGAGAUCUGCGGGAAGAGCUUCACCAGCCGCCCCAACAUGAAGCGGCAUCGCCGGACCCACACGGGCGAGAAGCCGUACCCCUGCGACGUCUGCGGCCAGCGCUUCCGCUUCUCCAACAUGCUCAAAGCCCACAAGGAGAAAUGUUUCCGCGUCAGCAACCCCUUGGCUUUGGACACGGCCGCCCCCCAACCCGCUGCCAGCCCAGCCCCACUGCCCUCCGGCCCCGGUGUCUCCCCUCUGCCCCUGCCGCUGCUUCAUCCCCUUCCACAGACCCUCCCUCCUCCUCCUCACCUACCACCACCCCCUCCCCUGUUUCCAGCGGGGAGGAUAAAUUCAAACAACAACUAGGUGCCCCCCAGCCAUGCGCCCGCACACGGACUGCUCUGCCCUUCGGGAUCGCCUCCUCCCGGGGAGCCAAGGCUUUGCUUGCUCUCUACCCUCCUUCCUCCUCAUUUUGGGGUUGUUUUGUUUUUUGUUUUUUUUUUUUUUUUUUUAAUUUUUUUUUUUUUUUUUUUUUUCUCUCACCCGGCGUUCUCUGCAGAGAGGGGGAGCGGGGGGAAGCCCCACCUUGAGGAGCGUAGGUGUUGGUGGGGAGGGGGGGAAACCACAGCCCAUCCGUAAGGGUGUAGGUAAAAGGCGUCGCUCUCUAUUUCACCUUCCCGUGCGUCGGCUUCAUCUUCGUGCCGGGAGGCUGGUGGGGCUCGGAGGAGCAGGGUGCCGUGCCCUCCGGGGUCAAGCUCACUGGCGUUGCGUGCCCCCUCACUAGCCCAAUGAAUCCCUGCCGGCGCUUCGAUAUUUAUAAUCAGCCGAAAUCUAGCUAGUGGUGCUUGAAUCCCUGUACUGUAAAGCUGGUCUUUCAAUUCAGGCUCUUUUCCCCAGAGGUUGAGAGGUGGGCACCACAGAGGAGCCCCCGUCGGCACCGUCUGCCGGCCCCGGUGGCCUGCGGCGAGCGAACAGAUGUCCCCCUUGGAAAGUCAUCAGCCCGCUCUCGUUAGCAGCCCUCGCUGCGUGUUCCUUCCCCGCGACAGGUUUUCCUCCUUGAUAGGUGAAAGCACAAGCACUGCUGUUGCAUCUCGGGGCACUGGCAGCUUGCUGCCGGUUCGAUUUUGGGGUGCCCUAAGGGAACCAAGCUCUGGCGUGCCCUUUCUGCUCAUCCCAGCAGGAGCUGGGCUCCUGGGGAUGCUCUGGAGUUCGGGGAGGUGUCCCUGAGGGAGCUCGCAUGGCCUCGGGGCUGGCGGGAGGGUGGCCUGGGACAGAGGAGCAGGACGCCGCCGUUUCUCGGCAGAAUCAGCCCAGAAUAGUGCCUUAACAAUUCGAAUAAAGCCCUGACUGGUGGGUGAGCUCCAGGCUGGGUCCCGUUGCAAGUCUCGGAGCUGAAGGAAGACCUCGUUCAGCCUGAUGGUGAUGUCCCAUCCUCCAGCUUGUUGCCUGCGUCGCUCUCCCAAGCUCCACCUCUCCCCGUACGGUUGGCAGCAGUUGGCCCUGCCCUGGCUUUGGAGGGGACCAGAGGGGACCAGUGGUUGGUUUGGUGAUGCCCCGCGGUGUUGUCUACCGCUUCUCUGGCCACAUUGUGUUUGUUGAAGUUGAGCUGGUCUUCAGUUUCACUUAUUCAGGCUGGCUUGAUGCUCCCAGAGGAGGAGAAGAGGAAGGCUUUGCUGUUACCUUUUUGUGGGACGGUGGGGCUCCAAAGCUGGGUCUCUCACUGCUGUGCUCUGCCCUGGGGUCUCGUACAUUGGCCUGCCCGUGGCUGUGUGGUCUCCCUGCAUGGGGGAAUGUCCCCUUUGGGGUCCGGGAGAGCUGGGAGCACUGCAGGGGCUGCAGAGCAUCCAGCAUGAGCAGAGAGGUGUGCCAGCCAAGAGUUGGGUUGCAUUGCAGCUGAUGCUUUGCUCCCAAGGCUGGCGCCGGGGGAGGCAUGCGGAGGUAGGUCAGGUUAUGGAGGAGGUGGUGAGCAGGAUUGUUGGUAGGCAAGAAGGGAGAGAGGACAUUGAGCGGGCUGCAGGAGCCCUUUCUUGUUUGCACCUUGUUCUGGGUGAUAGCAGGGUGCUGGGGACAGUGAGCCACAUCUAGCUCUGCAAGAAGUCUUGGUGCUUCAUCUCCUUGACAAAACCACUUGGGCAGCGUUGAGGCUGUCCCUGCAGAGAUGGGAGGGUUCAGCCACGUACUCAAGGGCUUUGCUGACCUGGGAUGUGUAGGAGCUUUAGCCUGGUAGGGACAGGACGGGGGAGCAUCUGCUGUUCUCCUGAGUGCUCUUUGAGGUGACGGGUUAGGUGACUGGUGUCCCUCCCUGCUGAAUGUUGCCCUCCCUGUGCCUGAUGUCUCUGGAAAGCUGGCUGCUCUUGUGACUGUUAGCAUGUUGGAGAAACAGAUUGCUUUUCAUCCCCAUGUUGGUUGGGAUCCUGUGGAGCCCCAGCACCACAAUCAGUACCAGUGAUCUCACUCUCAUCUGCUUUGAGCAAAAGGAGGAUGCUGUGGCAGAGCUGCCUUGCCAUAUUGACUUUCUCAGAUAGGUACCAAAGGCUUCUCUGCUCUCCUUCCCCCAUGACCCUGGGGCUUAUUGGGAUGGUACAAAACCUUCUCAAACACACACCCAUGAGGGAUGUGGGCACUCAGCUUUUGGGGUCAUUGGCUUUCUGAAGGGACCAUGACCCAGACUGGAAAAUGUUUGCUUUAGAGAAGCACCUUGGAGGUGUUGGAGGGCCUCAAUAGGGUGGUCCAUGCUGUCUCCCCCUCCGCUGCCUCCCAGAUCCCAUCCCCCUCAGGCUCCCUUGUGCUUCUUUCCCCUCACACUCAGCUUUGAGACAGAAUGGGAGCACUGUACCCCGAGGAGGGCUCACCUUGCCUUUGUGGUCUUCUGCGAUGGAGCCCAUCAGCCUGGCUGACUGGUAGACUCCCCGCAAGUAAACACCCAUGCCAACUUGUGCUGCCUUGUACCACUCACCUGGAGGUGGCUUUCCCUUUCCUUGUCCCUGUUCAUCCUAUCCCAGUGAGGACCUGUCUCACGUGGAUGUCACUGUGAGAUGAGAGCACGUCAUUGAGGCUAGAAGCCCAGCGGAAAGCCCAGUGACUGAUCCCAGCCGCGUCGGAUCCCCUUCGAGAGCCUGCUUGUAGAGCCACUUGGAGAAGUCGAGAUGUGACCAUGCACACAGCACUUUGGAGAACCAGAUCCCUGCUGCUCCCUCCCCUCUCUAAGGCCUGGGCAGUUCCAGGAGUCCUGUAAGGCCUCCAAGCCCUUUUGUCUACACCCUUCCUCGGCCCCAAUGUGUCUUUUCAUGUCUGGUUUUCGUUAAUGUACUAGGAGUUCAGACGAGUCGCUCCCGUAGUGCCUCAUCCCACAUCCAUCCCAGUCGGCCCUGUUGGCAUCCAUUGGGUUAGAUGGGGCAAGAGGCGGGAGAGUUGGGUCCGUUGUUUUCAAGCUUUUUAUGUUUUGUUUUCUUGUUUUUUUUUUUUUUUUGUUUUGGUUUGGUUUUUUAAUUUUUAUUUUUAACUCUUGCACCUUAAUCUCUCACAUCCCUUUUUCAUCAGACCGCAAGGGUGGAGAAGGGCUUGAUUUCCAUUACGCAGUUCAUGAAUAUGCCGCAACGCAACGUUCAGCUGACAAGUCUGCCCAUGCACCGAACCCCAGACCUGUCCAAGUUUGAAUUUUUUUUUUUUUUUCCCUGCCCCCCUUCAUUUGAACUCUGGGGAGGGUGGGAGUCACGUGGGGAGGGUCAUUUUCGGUUUAUAUGUCCCAGGAGCCUGGUAGCACAGACCAGUUAGCCUCGGAAUGUCCAUGAGGCACUGCUGGCCCUUCGGACCACAGCCAUAACCCCAGUGCGGUGGAAAGGUGAUGAUGGAUGGACAGCCGGCGGGUGGGAACGGCUGUGACAGUGCAAUAGAGAUGAGCAUCCGCUGCUAGACAAUUCCACUGAUUAAACUCUUGGUUUGCCAGAAGUCGAGAGGGAAGGAUGGACAGACAGACGCCCUUUGUUCACACGGAUGGAGAGAGCUUCCCCACAUGCAGCCCCGCCUAGUGACACGUGACCAUGAUGGGACUUGGGUCAAACUUGCAAAGGAAAAAAAAUAAUAAUUAGAAAAAAGAUAAAAAAUAAGAACAAGAACAACCUCAGUAGCAUGGAGCUUGAAGGAAACAAAUGAAACCCCAAACACUUGCCUCAAAACUAGUUUGUUAUGCCUGGUGUUUGGCUCUGUAUUAUUUUACGGCAUUCAGUAUCGGUUGCCCAAUCAUGCCAAGUUAAGAGUGUAUUGGUGGCUCUACUAGUGUGAACAAACUAAAUGAAGCACUUUAUUCUGUAUAGAUAAGGGAGGGUGGGGAGGGGAAGCUUGGAUGCUUUUCAUAGGCAUCUUAAGUAAUGUUCUAGGAAAUGUAUUACUGUUACUUUUUUUUUUUUUUUUUUUUUUUUUUUUAUGACCAUGUGUAAUCAAUAUAUGUUUAUCUUUAACUCCAAGUACAGCAGUUACUCUCUUUGGGAUGGUGUGAUGAGGGGGAGGCUGAGAUGGAUGGGUUAGUCCAUCAGCAUGGGGCCAACUGGGGCAAGUCAUUGCCUACCCCAGGAAUGGGUGAGUCUUGCCCCAUUGACAGCCCCAUUGGCCAAUUUCCAGGUGAUCCCAAGAGGUGCAUCAAAGCUGCCUUCUAGGGUACAGCUCACAGUCAGCCUCGACACCAAAGGCCCGACAUGCAUCCCCAUCCCGAUCCAUCUUCUGCGUGGAGGUGCUGGGGCUGCUCUCUGGGCCACCCACGAGCAAGACAAGUCAUGGUAGGCUAUUUUGGGUUGUCCCAUAGAGGCCAGGCCCUUGGCCAUGCUUUGAAACCUGCUUUUGACCUCUCACCAAGGCACAUCAGGGGUCACUGAGCUCUGAAAGUGGUGAGAGGUCAGAAUUGGGCCUUUCCACUGCGUUCUCCCAGUCUGGAAGUGUUAUGACUGUUACCAAAGAGGUUGCAAGUGGAAGGACUGAAUCAAUAAACGAUUUGUCUUUUAUAAAAGAAAA